GCUCACUGCAGUGUUGCCGGACUCGAGGCCGUGCGCCUCGAGGAAGAGUACAGAAAGCGAGUUUUCUACUACGAGGAGCGUGACGGCCCGUUUCCUGUCGCAGGACAAGAAGUCCGACGUGCCGUCAGCGCGCACGCACGCCAUCAGACGCACAGCUACCCUGGAACGCACAAGAUCGACCACGACCUUCCACUACACAGCGGCCAAGAGCGGGGUCUAUCCAGCUGCGCUGUGUGCGCCAUGAUAUUCUGGAAGGAAGACCUCGAAGAGUUCGAGCUGUUCGACCCGCGGCCCGCCGAAGGCUCUACAAACGGGCCUCGCCCGGACCUCGACGAGGAUUACGACGGCGAUGAUGGUGAAGUCCAACGCGGCUCCGCCCAGGUUCACGGCACAAGCGUCGUGCACCCUUGGGCCACGGCUUCCGACGGUACUGCCUGCCGUUGGAUACUGGACACCACAGCGAUCCCUGUCUCCAUGGACGGUGGCCCCGGCCUGCUCCCGGACAACACGCUGCAGCCGGACUCCGAGGGUCGCUUCCCCUCCAUACCCACGUGCCUUAGCUGCAGGCUCGACCUCUCCAAGAAAACGCCCCUCCUCCCUCGGUACGCUCUGGCUAACGACAACCUCAUAUUGCGAGAACCUGUCGCAUUCCGGAAAAACGGUGCGAAGCUGUCCCCCAUGACGUUCGCCGUGCUCGCCCUCGCCCGCAUGCUCGUUCGGAAAAUAAUCGCCGAGAAGACAAAGAAGGCAGAUCCCCGCACGAAGCAGAAGGGGCUGCGUAGCAAUUCAAUUUGCUUCCCGCAGGCUUACGCCAAAGAGCUCGUGACACAAGCCCUACCUGCCGAACACGAGGUUUCUCAGCAGUUCUUCGCCGACGGCCUCUCCAUCGCACUUGCCGGCGCAUCCGUAGACGACUUGGAUAAAGCUACGUGGGCUGAAGUCCCUCGAGAAGCAUACAUGACGGCAGUGCGUUUCUGCGUGGCGCACUCGGAGGCUUACCACGCACUCGACAUUGACGAGAAUGAAGCCGCACGACGACUCCAAGAAGCAGGACACAGCUGCGCAGAGGUUCUCCAACAAGCCACCCGCGUAGAGGCCACCACACAUACGCCGCACCUCAUCCCUGGACCUGCCACGCUCGACGCACCCGAAGUCCCCGUGCCAGAAAGCAUCAUCACAGAGGACGGGAGAGCCAUGGAAGAUCCUACCGCCAGACCGACGCCCCACGUCGACCCCGACACCGCACCACCGCCUGUGCGCCCAGAGACCACCGACGAACUUCACCCCGACUCCGACGACGUCAACCUCCACUGCGCCGCAACCGACUUCUCCACGGGUGCGCUGGACGCUGACCGAGCAGCUUGCGAGUUCGCCGCCAAGCUCGAGCUCCUAUCCUCCAAACUUUCCACAUAUGCACCCACAACCGACGUCGCCACCGAGAUUGAGUCUUUGCAGGCCUUGGCAAAAUACCUGAAUUCUGACGAAUACCGCAAGCAGUUGGACAGCACUUUACAGGCUAUGGAAGCGGCAGAAAGCCGAGAGCCUGCCGCCCGGCAACACCCUGACGGAACUUGGGUCAUUCCUACAGGCAAACGGCCCCUCUCCAUGUACGACAAAGAAUUUUGGCAAAAAGCCUUUCCCCACCUGUUUCCGUACGGGGAUGGCGUCUACGGCAUCGACCGACGAGCCACGCCGUUCGUCCCACCAGCCCAGCCACGCUGGGGCGCCGAUCUCGACUUCCUAUGCGUCCUGUACGACUCCUGGCGCAGGAUGGAGCUCACGCGCAAAGCCGGAGCCCACGUACGACGAAGAGGUUUCCAAACCAGCGUCAACCUCGUCUGCCAGGCCACGGGAACCCAACUCCGAUCCGCUUUCGACUCCAUGGGUGAUAGAGCCGGAUUCCGUGAGUGCUUGCUUUCUGACAACGCUCCCGCCUCGUUGCGGGAGGCCGUACGCAACCUCCUCUUCUUCAGCAGCGACGUUGUCGGUUCCGAGGGUGCUCGUCAACAGCUUCGCCACGAGCAGAUGGGGGACAUGCUCCGAUUCGGCGGCAUAGGAGGCUUCCUCACCCCGAACGUUGCGGACACCCGGAACCCUUUAGUGGUGAUCCUGCAUGCCGGUUCCCUCAACCACACCUGCGGAGGCGGGAUGAACAUGAUUGCAUCGUUGAGCGGCCCCAUCGAGGAUCAAGCGCGCCUGAGCACGCAUUCCCACAUGGUGUUCCACUUCGUCAACCGAACGUCUCAAUCAUGGUUGCGCUCCGUCCUCCGCAAAGACACAGCCGAGGCGCGAUCGACUCUGCAACGUUGGCAGCGCGCUGUGCUCCAAGCCGUCGAGGCCUUACAGAUUACAUCUUCCGCUACUGUCCCACUGCACUUCGUGGACCACGCCUCAGAGGCUCCACCCCUCAAAAGCACCCCUUACCUUGAGAGGUGGCAGCGCGAGGACAAGUUCGACGGCGACCUCGAGGGCGACCGAGAGGACCCUACCAGGUCUCAGGUCUUCGCGACCGCCACCCACGACGAUGCGACUACGCAGGCCGAAGCUGCGGCUCAUGCGGCUGCAUUCGCAGAAGAUCACUGGAACAUCAGCAGCCUCAGCGGCCACAUCCAUCAGCACCAUGACACAUGCUUCAAGUACAUAGAGGAUGGCAUCUCUCGCAAGCCUCAACACUGCCGUUUCGGAUUCGUGCACUUCGUCAGACUCUGGCUGCCGUCCACCACCGACAGCCCAGGUCAAGGCGAGGCCAAGGAGCGGAUUGUAGAACGGCUACUGGCCCGCGUGGGAAAGGAGCCACAGCUGCCACGAGUACGUGGCCAGCCUCCUAUAGACACUCAGUCCAUGCCUAUCCUGGCCGACACUGGAUUGUUCACCGAUGGCUCCCUUGGUGCCAGCGUCGAACCCGACGACAGACAGGCACGCCGUGGGCGCAUCAAUACAGUGCGGUUCAACCCCAGAGAGGGCAGCACGACAAUGGCAGGAAAGGUUGCGCACAGAGGGAAUCUGGAUUACCAGGAUUGUCGCCGCACCCUCACGGACGGGUAUGAGUACGACAACUCCGAGGAUUACCUUCGGAGACGCCUGGGAAGCGACCCUGGAGUCGGGCUUACAAGCAUGGAGCCCUCGAAAGAGCAGCGAAACGGCAGCACUGACAUCACACUCGAAGAUUGGUGCAUCGCUUUGGGCGUGCCCUUCAAGGGGUACAACGACGACCUGCGCACCGAGUACGUGCAACGGAUCCUCACAGCAGCGCGCCUACUUCCACCAAGCUCGCCUGCGGAACGCACGCCCCAAACAAGAUGGCCUCGCCACCUCACCACCGACUUCAUCACCACAUGGAUCGCGUCUCAAGGGAACGCCUGGGAAGCGACCCUGGAGUCGGGCCUACAGGCAUGGGGCCCUUUAAAGAGACAGCGGCACGGCAGCAAGGACAUCACACUCGAAGAUUGGUGCAUCGCCCUCGGCGUCACAUUCAAAGGAUUCCGCAACGACUUGCGUUCCGAGUACGUGCAACGCAUUCUCACGGCAGCUCGGUCGCUCGUGCAAGCAUGGCCGUCCGACAUCACCACCAGACCCAAGGACACCUCCGUCGAAGACUGGUGCGUCGCUCUGAACAUUCCUCUUCACAGCUACGACGAGACUCACCGACAACGCCUGACGUGGCCCCACCACUUCGACGCGGCUUUCAUCAAGCAGUGGGCUCGCCAGCAUCCGGAAGAUUGGGAACGACACUUGCGCGCCUGGCUGCCCACGUGGAAACUCCACACCUCCCGCGCUGACGCCCCUGUCACUAUCACAGCCUGGUGCAUAGCGCUCGGCCUACCCUUCGACAAGCAACUCUGUGCCGCUCACGUACAGGAGUACAUCGAGAAGAUCGUUCAUCAGGUUGACCUGCUGCUGCGCAUCCCAAUUUGGGAACAACCUCUCCGCCUCUCCGCCGUCGUGCAGUGGGCUAAGCAACAUCCAGACGUCUGGCCUUCCUUACUCCAGCUCGCUCUCGACACUUGCCCUUUGCAGUCCACGCACAGCGACGUUGCGCUCGACCCCGCCCUCGACGCGCGGUGCCUCGCCUAUGACAUUGACUCCGCCGACCUGGGAAGACAUCGUCGGCAACGUGCGAAACAAAUCCUUGCAGACACCGAGCUCUACGUCACCCUGCCGAUUACAGCGGGCGAUUUGCAAGCCUUACGGACAUGCCCCUACGACACUCUGCACCAGGCUCGGUUUGGCGACCAGCACAGAUUCCACCCAGCUCUGAACCGCAAGGUUCUCUUCCGAGCCCAGCUCUCCGAAGAGGAGAUUCGGCAAUGGGAAGGGCAGCUGGGCCGCGAUAUCUGGACUGAGACGGCGAUCUGCGACUCCUACCUUCCAGCCCACCUCCUGCGUGACCACGGCACUCGGCAUUCCUUCUCUCGCCUACCACUCUGUGGCGCCCCCGUCGCGUGCUACCUCUGUGGUCAUGGCUGCGAUUCCAAGGCUCACUGCAGCGUUGCCGGACUCGAGGCCGUGCGCCUCGAGGAAGAGUACAGAAAGCGAGUUUUCUACUACGAGGAGCGUGACGGCCCGUUUCCUGUCGCAGGACAAGAAGUCAGACGUGCCGUCAGCGCGCACGCACGCCAUCAGACGCACAGCUACCCUGGAACGCACAAGAUCGACCACGACCUUCCACUACACAACGGCCAAGAGCGGGGUCUAUCCAGCUGCGCUGUGUGCGCCAUGAUAUUCUGGAAGGAAGACCUCGAAGAGUUCGAGCUGUUCGACCCGCGGCCCGCCGAAGGCUCUACAAACGGGCCUCGCCCGGACCUCGACGAGGAUUACGACGGCGAUGAUGGUGAAGUCCAACGCGGCUCCGCCCAGGUUCACGGCACAAGCGUCGUGCACCCUUGGGCCACGGCUUCCGACGGCACUGCCUGCCGUUGGAUACUGGACACCACAGCGAUCCCUGUCUCCAUGGACGGUGGCCCCGGCCUGCUCCCGGACAACACGCUGCAGCCGGACUCCGAGGGUCGCUUCCCCUCCAUACCCACGUGCCUUAGCUGCAGGCUCGACCUCUCCAAGAAAACGCCCCUCCUCCCUCGGUACGCUCUGGCUAACGACAACCUCAUAUUGCGAGAACCUGUCGCAUUCCGGAAAAACGGUGCGAAGCUGUCCCCCAUGACGUUCGCCAUGCUCGCCCUCGCCCGCAUGCUCGUUCGGAAAAUAAUCGCCGAGAAGACAAAGAAGGCAGAUCCCCGCACGAAGCAGAAGGGGUUGCGUAGCAAUUCAAUUUGCUUCCCGCAGGCUUACGCCAAAGAGCUCGUGACACAAGCCCUACCUGUCGAACACGAGGUUUCUCAGCAGUUCUUCGCCGACGGCCUCUCCAUCGCACUUGCCGGCGCAUCCGUAGACGACUUGGAUAAAGCUACGUGGGCUGAAGUCCCUCGAGAAGCAUACAUGACGGCAGUGCGUUUCUGCGUGGCGCACUCGGAGGCUUACCACGCACUCGACAUUGACGAGAAUGAAGCCGCACGACGACUCCAAGAAGCAGGACACAGCUGCGCAGAGGUUCUCCAACAAGCCACCCGCGUAGAGGCCACCACACAUACGCCGCACCUCAUCCCUGGACCUGCCACGCUCGACGCACCCGAAGUCCCCGUGCCAGAAAGCAUCAUCACAGAGGACGGGAGAGCCAUGGAAGACCCUACCGCCAGACCGACGCCCCACGUCGACCCCGACACCGCACCACCGCCUGUACGCGCAGAGACCACCGACGAACUUCACCCCGACUCCGACGACGUCAACCUCCACUGCGCCGCAACCGACUUCUCCACGGGUGCGCUGGACGCUGACCGAGCAGCUUGCGAGUUCGCCGCCAAGCUCGAGAUGGAGCUCACGCGCAAAGCCGGAGCCCACGCACGACGAAGAGGUUUCCAAACCAGCGUCAACCUCGUCUGCCAGGCCACGGGAACCCAGCUCCGAUCCGCUUUCGACUCCAUGGGUGAUAGAGCCGGAUUCCGUGAGUGCUUGCUUUCUGACAACGCUCCCGCCUCGUUGCGGGAGGUCGUACGCAACCUCCUCUUCUUCAGCAGCGACGUUGUCGGUUCCGAGGGUGCUCGUCAACAGCUUCGCCACGAGCAGAUGGGGGACAUGCUCCGAUUCGGUGGCAUAGGAGGCUUCCUCACCCCGAACGUUGCGGACACCCGGAACCCUUUAGCGGUGAUCCUGCAUGCCGGUUCCCUCAACCACACCAGCGGAGGCGGGAUGAACAUGAUUGCAUCGUUGAGCGGCCCCAUCGAGGAUCAAGCGCGCCUGAGCACGCAUUCCCACAUGGUGUUCCACUUCGUCAACCGAACGUGGCAGCGCGAGGGCACAUUCGACGGCGACCUCGAGGGCGACCGAGAGGGCCCUACCAGGUCUCAGGUCUUCGCGACCGCCACCCACGACGAUGCGACUACGCAGGCCGAAGCUGCGGCUUAUGCGGCUGCAUUCGCAGAAGAUCACUGGAACAUCAGCAGCAUCAGCGGCCGCAUCCAUCAGCACCAUGACACAUGCUUCAAGUACAUAGAGGAUGGCAUCUCUCGCAAGCCUCAACACUGCCGUUUCGGAUUCGUGCACUUCGUCAGACUCUGGCCGCCGUCCACCACCGACAGCCCAGUCAAGGUUGCGCACAGAGGGAAUUUGGAUUACCAGGAUUGUCGCCGCACCCUCACGGACGGGUAUGAGUACGACAACUCCGAGGAUUACCUUCGGCCGGCACUGGCUAUCCGCACCAACCUCGUUUACUCAGUGGUCGAGUCCAUCCGCAGUGGGAUCCAGACGAGCUUCUACACUUGCGACUACAACACGAAGCCCAACAUGACAUGUGGGCCUCUUCUGCAGCAUCUCACGCACGGCAUGGAACAGCUCGAGGCACAGAUGAAAAAAGAGCACGACACCGCAGCUAUGACAGCUUACCUGCAGAAGGGUGCCGUCCACAACGCAGACUGCAGACCUGGCGCUCUGGCGCGUCCCCCGACCGCGGCCACCAACGCCACCCCAGCGGAAGACCCCGCAGCGCGCCUGUCCACGGAUGCGUUCUACGAUGAUUGGUUGCGCCGAGGAGCUUUCGUUGAUGAUGACGCGCACCUUGGCUUGCAGGCCGCCAGGGCCGACGUGGGCGACAUCGGAGACCCCGCUGGCGCAGACCCCGAAUGCGACGACGGCACCGAGCGCGACACCCCGACCGGAGUCCAAUACAAACCACACGUGCGUGUACGUGACUCCGACGUGCUGGACGUCGUGCACCGACAUCUCUCUGCUGGAAAAUUGGACAAACGGUCGGGCGACAAAUUUGUCCGCAUCCAGGAGUUCCUCAACGCAAAGGCCCACCUCUACGAGCACCUCCGCGAGCCUCGACAAGCCCAGGAGAAAAUGCGACACCUUUCGGGCCAGCUCGUAUUGGCCAUGAUCGACGAGGCGAGCUUAGCUGAUCCUCAGCUGUUGACUGUCCUUAACGCAAGAGCGGAUUGGGGACGCCGCGGCUCCCACAACCUUGACCCUGCGUCGUUCACGGAUACAACUUUCGGGAACGUACUCGCGCAGAUCGUCAUGGGGGACUUCAUGCAACUGAACCCCGUCCGAACGCAUUCGCUACUGCAGACAUUUCUGCGCGGCACUGCAAUACACAUGCCCCGCGCUCCCACUUACGACGGCAUGGACAAAGACCAGCGCAUUGAGAAGGAGCGCCUCGACAAAGAAGGCUGGGACAUCUUUGAUAGGCUCUCGGAGUCAGUUAUCCUCUUCCACGGGUGCCACCGUUUCGCGCCAGGGGAUCCCUUACCAGAAAUCCUGAAGAUCAUGCGCACACCUGGGGGGCAAAAACUCCCGCCCUCCCUGAAGGAGCAACUCGCCGCUCGAUGCGUAUUGCAUCACGACGUCGACCAGCGUGCCGACCCGUCCUACAUUCUGCACGACGAGUCCGGCGCUCCCACUGCCAUGCCUGGCUUCUUCGCCCAAGGGUACCACUCCGCCAUCAACUGGGAGACCGUUGGAGCGCUCUGGCUGCCCGCCGUCUGCGACCGCGUACAUCGCUACCUCCAGCCUUGCGGACAGCUACUCUAUUACGUCCAAGCUGUCGACAUCCCGCACCAGGCCGUGUACAGGUCACGUCCAGACAUGUACACGGACGCACUCCAAGUGGCAAACAUGAGCUCCAAGACUCCAGGUUGGGUCCUCCUGGACCGCUUGCCGCGUUAUGUGGAGUUCCGCGCUGACGACGCCACAGAGGAUUACACCGGUCUGAAGAAGCCUGGCGUGUGGCAUCUAGAACCAACACAUGACACGUGGACUUUCCAAUGGCAGGUCCGCGCCACGGUGAACCACCCACGCGCCAUGCCAACGCACAGACUCCAGAAACACGACGUCCACAUGACCCGAUGCCAACUUCCCACCGCGCCAGAACGCGUCGGAACAUUUCAGAGCAUGCAAGGCAAAACCGUCCGCGAGCCCAGCGGACAACCCAUCGGUCACACCAUCGACUUGCGCAAGCCCGACUAUAUGAGUGACCCCGAAUACAAGCAGCACCUGUACAUGAUUCUCGGAAGAUCUCAGCGCUUAUCGCGGUCCCUGUUCGAAAACUUCCCCCGCUUGCCUGAGCCCGACGCCGACGGCAACGAAUUCGAUUGGCAUUGGUUUGAGGAAG